AUCAUUUAAGGUCAUCGCACGUAAAAAAUUUUAGUCCGUAAGGCUGUAAGUAAAUCGACCAAUCACAGUCAAACAUUCUUAUUACCUUGUUAGAAUGCUUGAUUGUGAUUGGUCGAUUUGCUUAUGGGCUUAUGAUUACGACUAAAAUUUUUUCACGUGCAAUGGCCUUUAAUAAAUAAUGAAUUAACAAGCGCUUUAUCAACCGGUCCGAGUCCGAGACGUUGCUGAUUGUUCUUCAUUACAUUCCAUGCGCAUUCACGCUGCAAGAUAAUACCAAGUAGAGUGUAUGUCCCGGCGAUAUGGCUCAGUUUCUCAAAAAAGCAGCGUUAUUAUUAUUUAGUCAAGAAUGUAUGAAGGAGUACUGGGACAAAUUCAAUUUUCUUCACGUCGCAUGCUUCAAGGUGACGUUAAGCAAAUUUGUAGGAUUGUCCAUUGUUGGAGGUUCUUUGCUUGUAAAGGUACCUCAAAUAAUGAAAAUUCUAAAAAGCAAGAGCGGUAAAGGAAUUAAUGUCUUCAGUAUAUUCUUAGAUUUAUUUGCCAUUACUGCGACGUUGUCUUAUAGUUUUAUGAAAGGAUUUCCAUUUAGUGCCUGGGGAGAUGCAGUAUUUUUAGCAUGUCAGACUUCGAUUAUUGCAGUUUUAGUAAUGCAUUAUAAUGGAGAUACAGCAAAAGCAACUGCGUUUCUAUCCGCUUAUUUAGCAGUGGUUUUUGCAGCUAACAGUGGACUAACACCUAUCCAUAUUCUCUGGGCAUGCCAAUCAAUGAAUAUACCUAUUGUUCUUAUUGUUUUCACAAGCCUACACAAAUUAUUCCAAUGGAAAUACCGGCCAAUUAUCGGCGGUAACAUGUUUUAUGCUCUUCUUCGGUUCUCUUGCGAGAAUUUUUACUUCUAUUCAAGACACAGGCGAUACAGCUAUGAUAACAAUGUAUAUGUGUUCUACAUUGGCAAAUGGUAUAAUAGUGAUGCAGCUUCUUUACUACUGGAACAUAGAUGUUAAGAGCAAAGAGAAGAUAAAAAAGAAAGAAUAAAAUGAAAGAAAUGUGAAUGUUUAUAUACAGUGUGCAAUUGAUAAUUUAUAUAAGCUGAUAAUCAUAAAUUUGAUAUACAUGGCUGUAUAAAAUUUUAUGUAAAUAAUAUUUCAUGAAGUCAAUGUGAUAUUGAAAAGAUGAAUACUUGGGAAUUAGUUUCCAGAGGAAAUAAAUUUGGAAUUGUGUUCAUCAUUAUAUAUUGCUGGCCAUUCAAAUUGCAACACUAUGUAUAUAUGUAGUGUUGCAAUUUUAAUAGCCAAUAGUAAAUAUAAACAGUUUGAAACCUCCUAUUGUAACAGUCAAUAUCGUUUUGUAUUUUGAAAAUUAAAAUAUUUACUCUCAUCUUUUAUCGAAAGAUAUUAUAUAUAAGAUGACAAUACAUACUCAAGUCUAAA